AUGAGCAAUAGCUCAUAUAGAUUGUUGAACAGUUCGAGUGAUAAAAUUGACAUUGAUUCAUCUAUUAAAGACUCCGGGGCAUCAUCUACAACCAUGAUUAAUUCCAAUAGUACGUUGAAAAAUCGAUUUAUCCAAAUAACAAUUGCUGUUAUACUUUACUGGUUUGUUUCAAUAACCAUGGUCUUCUUGAAUAAAUAUUUACUUAGUUCCAAUGAAGUAAAACUUGAUGCUCCACUUUUCAUAACAUGGUAUCAAUGCGUAGUAACAGUUGGCAUUUGUGCUUUAUUAGGAAAUUUAAAUACGCAUUUAACAAUUUUCUCAAAAUUUCCAACAUUUAAAAUCGAUCUCAAAAUCGCACGUGAUGUUCUACCAUUAUCGAUCAUGUUUGUUGCUAUGAUUACAUUCAAUAAUUUAACGCUGAAAUAUUUAACAGUUUCAUUCUAUAUGGUUGGCCGAUCGUUAACGACUGUUGCAAAUGUGGUUUUUACUUAUUUAAUGCUUGGGCAAAGAACGUCUGUCAAAGCCUUGGGAUGUUGUGCGCUUAUUGUAGCAGGAUUUUUUCUUGGUAUUGAUCAAGAAAAUGCACUUGGCACUCUUUCAAUGUUUGGUGCAUUUUGUGGCGUAGCUUCCAGUGUAUUUGUAGCUUUGAAUGCUAUCUAUACUUCUCGAUGUUUACCAUGUGUUGAUAAUAAUGUUUGGCGUUUAUGUUUAUACAAUAAUUUUAAUGCGUGCAUUCUAUUUAUUCCUCUUAUGCUAAUCUUCGGUGAAUCACCAAUUGUUCUAAGCUACCCGAAAAUAUUUAAUUUAGCUUUUUGGUUCGCGAUGACAAUGGCUGGUUUACUCGGCUUUUCCAUGGGCUAUGUGACUGGCUAUCAAAUACAAAUGACAAGCCCUUUAACACACAAUGUGUCAGGUACCGCUAAGUCGUACGUACAAACACUAAUUGCUGUCGUUGCUUAUACUGAAACGAAAACAUCGCUUUGGUGGAUAUCAAAUUUAUUCGUACUUGGCGGUUCGGGUUUAUUUGCCCAUGUUCGAGCAACGGAAAUGAAGCAAAAUCAUAAUGCCAGCAAAAAUAGUGAUACAAUUCCAACGACAUCGUUACCAAAAUAG